AUGCGAAUCGUUCCUCUUGUCGUAUUUUGCAUUGCGACUUAUGUUGCGAAGGUCGCGGACGGUGGUGAAACCAUCAGGACAACGUCAGAAAAUGGUAUAAAGCACAUCUUCAGACAGAAAAGUGAAGCAGAACGAGAUGAGAUACUUGUCGAUGAUAAAGUGACCCCGGAGACGAAGCGGAGGAGAAGACAAUCGUUGUUAAUCAAUCGAUUUGACGGUUUGUCGCGAAGCCGCAAAAUUAUAAACAAGUUGGAAGGAAUCAAGCGAAGAAGGAAGAAACGUGCUAAGGACAUCACCAGUAAUCAAAAUGCCUUCAAGAAUAAUGAUAUUGAUAAAGAUGUUGAUGAAGAGAAAGACACUUUAUCGAAAACACGAGAACUUCCAAUUUGGCAAGUUUCGGAACCCACGAUUGCUACAAUUGAUCUGAACUCUGCAAUAAAUUCGACGAUUGUAAGAACAGAAAUGAUUAAUCGCACCAUGUUUAUGACACCGCAAUCGAGAAAUUUAAAUUCUUAUCGUUCCUCUAAUAAAGCGAUUUCCAAAUUCCAAAAUUCGAAAUACGUAAGAAGCCCCGUUUUUGAAAAACUGAUCAACAAGAUACCACUUUCUGUGUAUCUUCCUAAAACACCUAUCGACGUAGAUUUGUCAAACUCUAAGUCAACUCAAAGGUUUGAAUGGAGAGAGAAUUCACUUAAUAUUAAACAAGAUUCACCUAAGGAUGAUCACUUAACUAAGGAUUCUAAUGAAAGAUUCCUGUUAGUACCGGUUUCUAAGGAUUUGUACAUUUUGAAGAAUAUCAAAGAUAAUUCUGAAACAAUUAUUCCCAAUCGUUCUAAAUUAUUAGGAAGAAAUAAGAUUGAAGAAAAUACAACAUCAGCCAUCAUCUCGUUUAAGGCUCAUAUGCACCAUGAUGUGAAAGACGUAGGUAGAGCGUAUCUUCAUCAUAGAGAUUCCAAUAAUAAUCACCGUUUAUUCGACACAGAUUAUUUAUAUACUGAUCUCGAUUCUGGUGUCCUUGAAGAAAACACGGAAAGUGUCUCUUCGUCACUUUCAUAUCCUAAUUUCUUAUAUCCAGGUGUUGCCUUUCAGACUCGUCCCGAUUUAAAUGACGCAGUUCCUAAAAUAUUCGACCAACAAGUCACCCUUAGCGUUCCGGAUUAUAAAUAUAUUUCUUCUGAAAAUAUGGCUUCGGAUGCUGAAGUCAUUCCUUACAAUUCUUUCAUAUUCCCAUUGACAUCUCCUUCUUUCGAUACACCAAAUUAUGACGUAUCUUCGUAUCUUAAGGAAGAUGAUCGUUUAACUUUCCCGAAUACCGAUCAUUUCUUUAAUAAUGCUGAGAAUAUUUUAAAUAAUCUAGAUAGAAAUGAAAAUAAUAUGAAAUCUGGAACCUCAAUUUCAAGCGAAUUUACUGAUGAGAAAUCGACUUAUUCCAACGAUUUCAAUUACAACAAAUUUAUUGAUGAAAUAUUGUUUAAUAAUUAUACUAUGAAAUUGGAUUCGUUUCUUAACGUCGAAGAUUACACAACAUCCUCUUUAUUACUUUCCGUCACCAAUGAGUGGUCAUUGAAGAAGGAGCAGUCUAAUGUGGGGAACCCACGCGCUUUAUUAAAGGCAAUUGAACCGUUGUCCUCGGAGUUAACAAAAUUGCUAAGCGCUGUUAAAUUGGUCAACCAAAGUAUUAGCGACGUACAAAACGGACUGUGCGAUAAGAAAAAUGUUAUCAGAUCAGCGAGGAUCGAACGAGAUAGUAAAGAGAGAAAAACCACGAAUAUUGCAGAGUUAAUUAAUAGCAAGGAUGAUUUCGAUCUCUUUAUAGGAAGUUCUGACGAUCAAUCUCUGGACAAGAAGCAGAUUAAAAUUAUAGAAAAUAUUACAGAUCGGAUGAAUAAUGAUGUAGAAUUUAAGAGAAAAUUUAACGACUACUUCUUAAAUAAAUUAACAACACCGCUGCACAAACGAGGAAGCUCGAGUAGCAGUGAUCGCAAAAUGCGCAAUAAUCAUAGAAACUUAAAAUUAAACGAGGAAGCGACGGCUUAUCUCGACAUACUUCGAUUGUUGGACAUGACGAAGAAACCUUAUGUGGAACUGACUAACAUUGUAACAGAGUCGCUGAUCUCAACUACAGAGUUUUUUGGCAUUACAAUCUUGCCCUAUCCUAUUGAGAGAUCAAUAACUACCACUAUGGAGACAUCUACAACAAAGGAGAAAAUAGGUUAUGAAGUUGUGGAAGCUAUAUCACUGACACAAUUGUCAGUUACGUUGAGUGCUUUCACGAUAACGAUGCCUACUACACCGUCACAAUUUUAUACGACAGAACUACCAAUUUUUCCGAUUAAUGAAAUCCUUCAAAUUGAAAAAACAACGUUGGCUGUUGCGAUGCUUACUGAAGUGACUGAAACUUCUACGGUAAAAUUGACAACCAAAUCUGCCAUGCUGUUAACAUCAUUUUUAGAAGGUAUCACAAAUAUUACUUUAAGAAUCACAGUUCCUGCGAUUACUUUGACAACUUUAAUCGAGGAGGCAUUCACGACUGAGGAAGAAAUUGUAGAAAGUACAUCGACGAUGAAGGUAAUGCAAAGUUUCCCUGCCGAAACAAGCAUAUCUUUGUAUAUAACUUUGACCGUACCAUCAUUUAUAACUGCAGAAACUGCAGAAUCGAUAAUUCAAGCAACAACUCCUACCAUACCAGUUUUAACAUCAUUGAUAGUUACAAAACAACCUCGAAUUACAAUACCGAUAGAAGAAGCUACUUCUGUAACUGAAAAAAUGGUUACAGUUAUAAGUCCAACUAUAAUGAUAACUAAAUCUACAGUUAUUUUAGAUGAGAAUACAACUUUGUAUAAAGCUAUAACGUCGGCAAGUACUGCAAAAAUAACAGAAGCUAGUUUAGCCGCCGGAGAAAUUAAAAUGACAUCUAUAGAGAAAAUGACCGAAGAGUUAACUUUGACAACUAUAUCGUUAACUGAAAUAGUUUCCACAACGAGUUUAGUUGAAUCAAUAACGGAAGAGCUUAUUGCAACUUGGAUCACUACAGAAGAAACCAUUAUCACAGAAGCGACAACUUUAAUGACGUAUGUACCAUUAUCUACCACAAUGUUUUCUAUCGAAAUCACGACAGAAACAACUUUGUUUGAAAUGGAAACAGUUAGUGCUAUAAGUAGCGAAGAAAUAUCCACAAUCGCAAAAGUUACAGCUGUUAGUUUUACUACAAUAACUGAAGAAUCUUCUUUGAUAAAAGAGAUAACAACAUCUGUUACAUCAUUGCCAAUUACUGAAAAACUAGAGCAAAUAACAAUCUUAAAAUCUGAUAUGACGUUUAAUUCUCUGUCCGAAUUUACUUUGUCAAUAUUAAUUACGACGGAAACAUCCGCUACUAUGCCGGAAGUUAUUUCCGUAUUAUCAGAAACUAUAUCGGAGAAGAGAGAAUUUACAACGAAAUUAACAAGUCCAUCAAUAACAUUCACUUUAGAAAGUUCAACAUAUUCCGAAAGAAGAAUUCAGCCCACUAUUUCAACUUUAACAGCGAUCACUACGGAAAUGCCAGAAGCCGAAACAGAAUAUUACGUAGCAAAGGAACCAUUCUAUGAAGAAUAUGAAGAGUAUGAGAAAUACGAUACUGAAAUACCCACUGAUAAUUGGUAUUAUUAUGAAGAGUAUGAAACUACGGUGAAGAGUAAAACGACUACGACAUCGAGUACAGUAAAAUAUACAAAACUGCCUAAAGAAACAGCAACAAGUUCAUCUUUUGAUAAAGGUACAACAUCUUCGUAUGAAAUAAAAACUUCAAAGUUUACAAUGUAUUCUACAACUUCUAUAUCGACUCAUACUGAUGUAAUUUUAACUACAACUACCGCAAAAAUACCUUACACAUUCGUUGAAGAAAAAUUUACUAUAACUUCUAUCUUGAAAACAUCUGCGAAGAUUAUUGAGAAUGUAACGACGACUGAAGUAGAAACCAUGUUUACAACAUCCAUGACGAGUAAAGAGGAAGAAUCGACGACAAUAAUGACGUUAACCUUUGGCUCUACGGAAGAAUAUACUCUUCUCCCUUCGACAGUUUUCGAAAUCAUCACGAAACCGCUUGAAUACCUGACGAUUCCUGCCAAAUAUACAGAACCUACAUCAAAAUUUUUGACGCAGAUCUGGUAUAGUGUUACCGCGCCGGAAGAGAUUUCGACUUUACAAAAAAUUUCGACGGAGAUUGAAUUUACUUCAGUGGAGAAGUUGAUUUCCUUUUUCGUCUCAUCAACGUUGACGACAUUAUCGGAAAGAGAAGCUAUUGGGGUAACAACCUCAGAGAUAAAAACUGCUACCGAAGUAAUCACUUUGGCGACGAAGUUAAUUACAAAAGAAGAGACUACUCCGUAUACCACAACUGUCCCAGAAAUUGAAACCGAAUUUAUUACGAGACGAACUACAAUUAGGCGAGAGGAACAGAGAAAACAGUUACUGCAACUACUCAAGGAUCUCAAGCAGCGUGAGAGAGAAGUGGCGGAGAGAGAGGAAAGGUUAAAGGAAAAGGAACGACAAUGGGAAAAGAAGAAACAUGAGGAAAUAAUGCAUCGUGAAAGGGAGAAGACAAAGAAUAUUACAAUAGUGAGUGGUACAACUGCGAGUUAUGUUACUGUAACUGUAUCUCCUACUGUAGAGAUUAAAAUCACAUCUUUUCUUCUCGAGACGUCGAAGGAAGGUAUAUUUGCGACUAACAUCACAGAAUGGACAGAAGAGACUACGGAAGAAAGUACUUCUGUGUUUUCAAUAUAUAUGGCAGAAGUAACAGAGGAAACGGCUAUACUUUAUACUACGGAGGAAAGUACCUCUGUUGUAGACUUAUAUAAUGUCAGUUUGGUUUCGAUCGAAACCACCACCGAAGAAAUGUACACUACGAGUUAUAAAACCGCUUACCUGAGUGAACCUUUAUUUACUUUGCCUACGAUGGUGUUCACCAGUCCGAUUACUUUGGCUAUUGACGAAUUCACUACUUUACCUACUGCUACAUUUACCAGUUCAUAUAAAAUGGGUGUAACUUCAAUAGCGAUCCCAGUUAUUACAAAAGAAAGAUAUACUACAAGUUAUGUAACUCUUUGUAGUGCUUUUCCAUUCACUACAAUGACAACAUUAAUUAGUCUAAUCACACCGACUAUUGGUAUUACUUCACCUAUUUCGAGUACAACCUCUAUUUCGUAUAUUACGGAAAAAACAGUAGACAUUUAUAGCGAAUCUUCUGUCACUUCAUUAGCAUUUAUUGAGACAACUACAGCUAUUGCAAUUAAGGAGAUGGAAUAUGAUGAAGAAAUAGAGAGUCUGAAGGAAGAAUUGCGCAAGAAGGAACGCGAACUGGAGAAGAGAGAACAAAUGUUGCUGGAAAGAGAGAAACAAUUAGAGAAUAAUAUAAUGGAAUUUGAAUUGUAUAUGAAAAAAGUCAAGGAAGAGGAAACAUUGCGCACAUUGAUUGCAUUGUCUGAAAAACCGAUUGUGCCGACGAGUUUAUCAACGCUUGUCCCACCGACCGAAAAAAUCCAAGUAGCAACGCAGAUUGAAAAAGUAACCGACCAGAAAGAAAAUCAAACUACCACAAAAAUGGUGACUUCGCCAUACAAGGCUACAAAAGUGAAAGAUAUUAAAGAGGAAAAGCGGACAAGAUAUGUUCCCGAAAAGGUCGUGACACAAAAGAUGGAAGAAGAGAUUGUGACGAAAAGAAUAUGCCUGAACGUUCUGGAAAAUACGACGAUUCCUUUUGUAGCAAAGAAAGUGUGUCUAUCAUAUUUCCCUGAAAAAAACAGAGAACAGAAGUCGGUAGGUCGUGUAAACAGAAAGCUUCUCUCGUUGAAAAAUACGAGAGAAAUUAGGAACGAGAGGAGAGAUAGGAACGACACGUAAAUUGAUAACUUGCAAUUAUCGCAUCAUGAAUGGCUGAGUAACGGAAUCACAAAACCAAUGCGACAUUUUAAAGGUUUCACCAGGAUCUAUGGAAAAAAGGAAAAUAUUUCUCCCAUUAAUACAGAAGAAGAUUCUAUCCAUAAUUUUCGAGGUAAAACUUCUCUUUACGAACAACGUAUUCUUGAUCCCUAUGAAAAUAACUUUCCAAAAACUUUUACGUUAGUUAAGAAAUACAGAAAAAGAAUGGCUUAUUUCAUCGAACAUAAUUUAAUUUCUGCAAGAAGGAAUAACUUCUCCAAUAACAAUGGUAAAUGUAUUGAAAAGAGAAAUGUUUUGCCAGCAGAGAAAAAUACAGCCAGCGUUUCGAAUCAAAAAGCUACAAGUGCAAUAAUCGAGGAAGAGAAAUUAGGUGAAAAAGAGGAUGAAUUUUACACGGUAAACGUGCUACAUCUCAGCUAUAAUAAAGACAGAGAGACGCAUGAAGUAAUAUCCGCUAAACCGAAUAAAGACGAAUUAGCAAUGAUUAUAUCUGAGUCAAAUGACGACAGUGAUGUUACCAAAUUUGAGGAAGAUGAUAAGAUUGCAACGUCGUACUAUGAAGAGAAAAAUAAUUUACAAGAGGGAAACGAUCUACAGGAGGAAGAAAAAUCAGCAGAAGAUGAGUCUUUCGAGGAUAUGUUCGAAAAUUAUAUGAAUUAUGAAGAACAUACGACAUCGGUGUCGAUACGUGACGAUAAAUUUUUACACGACAGAGGUGAGAAUAAAAGCAAGAUGGAAAAUGAAGCAAAAUUAUUAAAUCAAAUAUGGCCUACGAAAAAAAAUUCCGAAGUGAAAAGAAAACCUGACGAGUUUUCUUCGCGUAUUAGCAAUAAAGAUUUAAUAACAGCAAAAACUCGAAAAUUGUGUAGUGUCAAUGGAAACGAAUCAAAGCAUCGAAUAAUUAAAUCUAAAGAUAGUAUAAAUAUCAGAGAUAAAACUAGAAAGAGACAAUCAGCAAAAUCGCAAAAAUCACAAAACAUUAGUUUGCACUCUUUUAAAAGUUGUACAGACAGCUGUAGCGUAAAUAAAAAAAUUCGGACAAAACAAUUACAAAAAGCAAAUAUAAAAUCUAUAUUGAACAGAGUAAGCUUUUCGUUGGACGAAAUUAAGGAGCUUAAUUGUAGCGUAUAUAAAGAGACCCAGGAUAAGAUAGUGAUUUUGAUGGAUUCUGACGUGGAAGAAGCUAAAGAAUUUCCACAGCCUCAUUAUAACAUCGAAUCGUUGAAGGGCCAAAAAUAUCUCAAGCUGAAAGAGUUGGAAGAUGAUUUUAUUAAGAGCGAUUUGGAACUCGGCAAUGAUCAUGAUAUCGUUUCAUUGCCCGGUCUUAAUCUUAAUUUGCCCUGUAAUCAAGACGGGGAUGGUAUCACUUGGCUAUCGAGUAUCAGCAGACCGAGUUAUGUAUGGAAAAGGACCGACGGCAUCGCAAUUUUAGGUUUUGUGGCUGAAAACGGUGAUUUGGCAUUGCGAAACGUAAAUGCCAAAGAUACAGGAAAUUACACAUGUAUUGCGACAUAUAUAGGGCCUGAGACUGAAGAACCUGUAGAAACUAUCUACGAAGUUCGUUUGCAAGUUGUAACACUACCAAGAUACAUUAUACACGGUGAAAAUCGUUACUAUGCGAUGAUGCGAUUUAUCUGCGACGGGGAUUUGGACAUAUUGAUGACGUAUCUUCCAGUUAAACUGAAUGAUAUUAUAUGCGAGACAGAUAUUUGCAAUGCUUAUAUCUUGACACCAUCUUGCUCUCGAAGCCAAAUCACAAUAAAUAUUUUGUUAUUGCCAUCGCAUAUCGUCAAAUUGAUGACAAUCGAUUCCAAACGUUGCAAUGUCUUUUGUCUUCAAGCCAUUCAGAACAAACUUUCGUUGAUACUGAGUAAAAAUUUAAAAACUCUUCUUACGAAAACUAUUAUUUUCAGAUUACCUCAUUAUGAGCAGAGAUUGGUUCCGAUCGCUGAAAAAUCCACGUUUGCAAGAUGGAAAAGAGGAAGGACAAAUGGAUUUGCCCGAAAAACUAGCAAUAUCGGCCUGUUUUCCAGCUGCCCGGCUGGAUAUGGUCUUCAUAGCACACAUGUAGUAUGUAUUAUAUUUUUUUCCUGUAAUAUGGGAACUUAUAGCGAAGACGGAAUAUCACACUGCAAAAAAUGCCCACCCGGUAUGUAUCAACCGAAUCAUGGUGCCAGAGUUUGUCGUACGUGCACUGAUCCAUUGACCAAAGGCUGUUAUAAUAUGUUCUUUUCCGCUAUAAUGAUAACUUUGGCAAGUCUCGGCGUGAUGCUAUCGAUAUUUUUGCUAUUCUUAUGGAUAAUCUGCUGCGCUAAGAAGAUUUGCGCAAAACAGAUAGCUAGUAUUAUACCUAAAGAAGACGCAUUUGAACAAGAGAAUCCUACACAGGAGCAAUUAUUAAUUAAAGAUGAAAGUGAAAAUGAAGAUCAGCAAUGGGAUAAUGAAAACAAAGCUAAAAAAAGAAAGAAAAAUUGUAUCUAAGUACGUGAAGAUGAAUGGGGAUCGCAUCGUAUAAAAAAUACUCCGAUCGUUUGCCCGGAUUCUUAUCGGUCUCAUGAAGAUUAUAACAACUAUUAUUCAAAGCAAUCAUAUCGUAAAGGACCCCGACUGCCAGAAUGUGAUUUCGAUACAUGAUAAAAGACGCGAUAUAUCAGAAUAUGUUACAAAUAGCGCAGAAGAGAAUUGUGUAGUCUAAGAAAGAU